AUGGAAACCGUUCAAAAAAAAGACCUUGUCGCCACAGAGCCUCAGUCCAUCGUUGCUGUCAUCGGAGUUGGCUAUGUUGGUACACAUCUCGUUGAGGCAUUUGCACGACACUACAAUGUCAUUGCUUUCGAUCUCAGUGAAAGGAGACUGGCGGAGGUCUCAAAGCAGCUCACUGGUCUCCCGAUCCAAUUCACAUCUAACGCGAGGGAUAUCAGCGAGGCCAGCCAUGUCCUCAUAUCGGUACCAACCAUUCUCAAAGAUGACAAGAGCAUCGACACAGCAUACUUACGCAGUGCCAUUGCUACCGUGGAAAAGCAUGUCAGGCCUGGGUCUACUAUCGUAGUCGAGAGCUCCGUUGCUGUCGGCAUGACCCGCGAGCUGGUUGCGCCUCUCAUGGCGUCCAAGAACUUGAAGGUUGGCAUGUCGCCAGAGCGAGUCGACCCUGGUCGCACGUUCCCGGCGUUCGAAGACAUUCCCAAGAUUGUCUCCGGCAUGGACGCCGCAUCUCUCGACUCCAUCUCUACCCUCUAUGGCCGCGUCUUCCACAAGCUUCUUCCCGUCUCCUCGCCCGAAGUGGCAGAGAUGACCAAGCUGUACGAGAAUUGCCAACGCAUGGUUUGCGCAGCAUACGCCAACGAGAUGGCGGACGCCUGUGCUUCCAUUGGUAUCGAUGCGUUCGAAGUCAGCAAUGCAGCUGCUUCUAAGCCGUUUGGGUACCUUCCAUUCAAGCCUGGCCCUGGAAUUGGCGGCCACUGUAUUCCUGUCAACCCAUACUACCUACUGUCAAAUUGCUCGAUGCCUCUGCUUGAGCAUGCUACCACGAUGUCGUGGCAACGACCCGCCGACGUCGCCCACCGCUUCGUGCAAUCUUUGCUACAGGAACCAUACUCUCCACAUCAGCCCAUUGCGGAACCAAGCCAUCUCCGUCUUCUCGUUGUUGGAGUCGGGUUCAAGCGUGGCCAGAAAGUUAUGAGUAACUCCCCGGGAGCUGCAAUCAUCCGCACGUUGAAGAGCGAGUACAACUGCCACGUCGAGUUUGCGGACCCUUUGGUCGGAACGGAUCUCUACAAUGAUGUACCAAAGAUGAACACUGAAGCGAACUGGCACGUCGAAUACCUCAGCACAUUUGACGGUAUCAUCGUGUCUGUCAACCAGGAAGGCCUCAACAUGGACGUCCUGGCAGAAUUGCGAGAUGUCAAAGUGCACGAUUACACGGGCACACUCAGGAACAAUGUCAUCAUUUGGCGCAAACACGUUUAG